GCGUGCCCCCGACGCCCCCCCCCCGCACCUGUUACUUGCCCCCCUCUAUUCCCAGACAUCCCGACGCCACUCCGCCCUUGACAGCAACCCCAGCCAAUCACAGCCGUACAUCGCUCUCCAACUUAAUGUGCCCGUCAUUACCGGGCACACCUGGCCGGCCCCACGUAACUCCACUGUCUUCACCAUUCCCCCUGUAUGCGCGUGUUAAUCCACUGCAUCAGUAAAUGUGCAAAGUACAAACAUGUAUCUUGCUGCACUGCCCUCUGCUGCCUGUAACGUAGCGCCGUAGCAGCCUGUAACAACCAGUGUCGUGCAUGGUGGUCACCCAAUCCAAGCAUGAUCGAGGCUCAAAUCCAUUUUGCUUUCCACAAUAUGACUCGAGCGGGCGCAUUCCGAGGGAUUACGGCGACGCACUAAGACACUAUGUAAACCUGGCUGGGAUUUGAAUAGAGGCUCUCACGUUAGAAGGCGGCCCUGUGGCUCUACCAGCUGAACUAAGCACAUCGCACUGCAGCGCGUAACUACAAUACCAGGCUUGGCCAUACAGUUUGACUCAAAGGCUGGGAGGUAAUGCCCACCAGUGUCUUUUUGAAGUGCAGAACUGAACUUAAAUGAACCAACGGCAGGCUUUGUUUGCGCAAGGCUUUAAAGUUGGAUUAAACGCAUUCUGUGGUCGCCUUUGCUAAUUUACGGCCCGGGAAGGCUUGCGUGCUUCGCAGCAAACAAACUCGACUUGUUGGCGUGGCGGCGGUGUGCUUUUUGGACUUAUAUGAGAGCCAAGGGGUUGGGUCACCAGAGAGGCAACUUAAUUGGCAGAAAUGGUCACCUGCGCAGGUGGCUGUGAAGCUUGACACUUUAAAGCCUCGGCCGACGACGCUCCCAGCACAAAAUAUAAUAUUGCAUAUGUGGGCAGAAUAUAUUAUAGGGCACAUGCCUGCAAUAUGAUUACAGGCCACGUUCUGUGUUUGUCUGAUUAGUUGCUGGCAUUAGCAACACAACGCUUGGUAACCUUUUUUAAAAAGUUUAUUAAAAAUGAGAUGGGAGGGGAGGGGGGCUGGAGUAUAGAUGAAUGUCUGUGUCUGUGGAUUGUGAAAAAAUGUACGUUGUAGCGACACAGCGACAGUGGAGUAAAUGAAUGUGUGUGCAUCGUGUUCACAAUGUGUGAAAUGCAUCCUGCAUAUUGUACACAUACAGCUUCACUUUGUACACGCAAAGUACAUAUCACAAUCAUGUAUCUGUGGGUGGUGUGAGUAAAAACGGGAAGUGGAAAUCAUGAAGAUACAUGCUUUAUGUGCGCAAUUCAUACAUUCAUACGCAAUAUAAUGGGUGCAUUUUUUAAACAUGGGACAGCAAUUAAAGACCGGCUUAAAGAGACCCCCACAAACAGAGCUUUUAUUUUUUUACGUUCCCGGCUAUGCAAUGGCCACUGAAUUCAUCCCAACAAGAUGCGUGCGACCACGCGAAAUGAAAGAGUGUCCACAAAAAUGUAUUUCACAAAGAGCCCUUUUCUUGCUGGGAAACAUUUCGCCGGUUGAAUAUCUCUUUCACUUCUGGCCGGGGCGAGUCUGGCCGCGCACAACAAUCGCCCGCUGUUCACGCGCUGGCUUUGGCUUCUGGGGGGGUCAAGCGUCCCCUAGAGCGCCGAACCGGGGGGCGGAACAUCGACCGCGGGACCAGUGGCACACGCCGCGGUGCCUGGCGCGCAGCCCCUCGCGUGCCCAGCGCCGAUUUGCCACUUGGGAGUGGGGAUUCACCAAGAAAGCCCCCCCCCCCCCCCUUUGCGCAUGUGCGGCUGCGAUUCUGUCAGAUGCCCUGGAACCUCCAGAUUUCUCAGUGAGACGGAAAGGACACAAGUAGAGAUUUGGGUAUUUUUUGGGGUGGAUUUUGGGGGGUUUAUAAAAGUAAAAAAAACGAGCCUAAAGUUGUGCGCUUUAAAAACACGGGGGCUUAAAUGUGUAGUGGGCCGUUCGGAAGGGCGCCGGGGUUGAAUAAUUUUAGCUUAGCUCCAGUGGAUGUGCUUUUGGAGUCGCGCGUGGGCUUUUACCGCUGGUCGUAGCCAUGACCCUGUCUGCGAAGUUGGACACCCUGGAGAUGGCCCUGGACCACUUGCUCAUGGACGUGUUUAUGACGGAGGGCCGUCGUUGCCAGAUACAUCUUCUCGAUGACCGAAACCUGGAGCUUCUUGUGCAGCCGAAGCUUUUGGCCAAGGAUCUUCUGGACCUGGUGGCCUCUCAUUUCCAGCUCAAGGAGAAGGAGUACUUCGGACUGGCCUACACAGAUGAAUCGGAACACAACAGCUGGCUUCAGCUGGACAGGCGGGUUUUGGAGCACGACUUUCCGCGGAAAUCCGGAGCCAUCACGCUGCACUUCGCCGUUAGGUUUUACAUUGAGAGCGUCACCUACCUGAAGGACAAUGCCACGGUGGAGCUUUUCUUCCUCAACGCCAAAUCCCGCAUCACCAAGGGACUGCUGGAGGUGGACAGCGAGACUGCCUUUGAACUUGCCGCUUACAUUCUGCAGGAGGCCAAUGGAGAUUAUACGAGUGAUGAUGUCACCAAGGAUGAGCUGAAAAGGCUGUCGGCCCUCCCAGCGCGGACCCUCAAGGAGCAUCCCUCCAUCACGUUCUGCGAGGAUCAGGUCGUGAAAAAUUACCAGAAGCUCAAGAGUCAAAGGCGGGGUCACGCUAUCGUCAAUUACAUGAGCGUCGUCGAGUUGCUGCCCACGUACGGAGUUCACUACUACUCGGUGAAGGACAAACAGGGACUCCCUUGGUGGCUGGGCCUCAGCACAAGAGGCAUUGCUCAGUACGACCACCAGGACAGACUCAAGCCACGCAAGGUGUUCCAGUGGCGACAACUUGAGAACCUGUACUUCCGGGAGAAGAAGUUUUCAGUGGAGGUUCAUGACCCAAACAGGGUGACGGUGAGUCGUCGCACCUUCGGACACAGUGGGAUUGCCAUCCACACGUGGUAUGCCAGCGUCGCACUAAUCAAGACCAUCUGGGCGAUGGCAAUCAGCCAACACCAGUUCUACCUGGACAGGAAGCAGAGCAAGGCAAAGAUUCCAGCGGCACGGAGCCUCAGCGAGAUAGCGGUGGAUCUCUCCGAGUCGGGCACGCUCAAGAGAAGCAAGCUCAACAGCAUGGGCAGCAGGGGGCAGGUCAUCAGCACCAGCAGGGGCAGUCUCCUGUCGUCCGGUUCGGUCGACUCGGAGGUGAGCCAGUCGGCCAAGAAGGAGAUGAUGUCGGCGCUCAAGAGCCGGCAGGAGGUGCUGGAGGAUUCAUUGCGGCUGCGCCUGGACGAUCUUCGCUCCAUCUGCCUGCGCGAGGCCGAGCUGACGGGGAGGCUGCCGAGCGACUUUCCGCUGGCGGCCGGCGAGAAGCCGCCCGCUGUUCGUCGCCGGGUGGGCACGUCGUUCAAGCUCGACGAGAAGAAGAUGGUGCCCCGCGGGGAGGAGGAGGAGCUGGACAGCCUGGAGAGGGACUUCGCCAUCCAGACGCAGAUCACCGAGGCCGCCAAGAAGCUCGUGUCGGACCCACACAUCGGCAAGACGAUGCGGCGGCAGCGCAAGACGUCGCUGCAGAAUGCCACGCGCAAGCUGCAGCAGAUCGAGGGCGCCAUCAACGAGUACCGGCUGCGAGCGGGCAAGGAGCCCACGCAACGCGCGUCGCUCUUCAUCGAAGAUAAGAAAGAUCAGUCAUUCUUCUCCGAAGGAAAAGAGCAGUCCGAAGACAGCUCGCUUUCCGAUGCCGCCAUCCUUGAAGAUUCCGACUGUGUCCCGGACACCAGCCUGCCCUCUCCGCCCCCAUCGCCGCAAGCGUACGAAGCUCCGACCCCGACGCCUUUCGCCCACCCUCUUCCUCACCCGCACCCUCACCCUCUUCCUCACCAGCACCCUCACCAGCACCCGCACCAGCACCCGCAACCGCACCAGCUCCCGCACCAGCACUCUCACCAGCACGUGCACCCUCACGCCGGCGUGGCGUACGCCCGCCCGCCGCCCCCGCACUCGCUGGACGGGCUGGCGCUGCGGCGCAUCCAGUCGUUCCGCACGGACGCUCCGGACUACGACAAGUCGCCCAUCAAGCCUCGCGCCUGGAAGGAGUCAUCCCUGGAUGAGCCCUACCAGAAGCCCAAGAAGCAGAGCAAGGACGGCAACCAGACGAGUGCCACGGCCAGCAGCUGCAGCUCGCCGGUGUGCGGCGGCAGCGCCCCGCCGGGGUCCCUGCAGGCGAGCCCCGUGCACGGCCCCGGCGCCGGCGCCGGCGUCGGCGGCGCCGGGCCGCCCGACUCCCUGCAGGGCAGCCCCGUCCACGCGCCCGCCUACUUCUGCAGCGUCCCCUCCACGCCCGACUUGCGCAGCCGCGGCAUCCUCCGGCACAAGCAGCAGCAGCAGCAGCAGCAGUCCAGCUCGGUGGACGUGAGCCCGGCGCACAGCUGCCCCCCGCCGGAGGCGUUCCGCAAUCGCAGCGGCAGCCUCGAGUGCGGCCCCUCGCUGCUGCCCUCCGCCGAGGACCCAUACGGCACCGCCACGUCGCACAGCAGCGCCAGCUCCGACGUGCCGGACGACCGGCUGUCGUGCGCCAGCCAGUGCAGCUCGGAGCGCGAGCCCUGCUGCGGGAGCGGCUACGGCUGCGGCUACGGCUACGGCACGCUGGGCGAGGAGUCUCUGCACCAGGCGCGCCAACGCCACCGCUCCGCCGGCAGCCUCGGCUCGGCGAGCUCGGGCAGCCUGCCCAACUUGGCGCCCAACGCGGGCCCGUCGGGCACCGCCCGGUCCGGUGUGUCGUACCACAACCACCACAACAACAUCCACAACCACCACCACUCGCAUCAGCACCAGUCGCAGCAGCAGCAGCACCAGCAGCACCAGCAGCAUCACCGCUCGGUUCCGAACUCGGCCUCGCAGUACCGCAUCAAGGAGUACCCGCUGUACACGGACGGGGCGGCGUGGCCCACGACGGUGGUACGCAGCUUGGAGAGCGACCGCGAGGGACACUACAGCGUCAAGGCGCAGCUGCGCGUCUCCAACUCGUACACGGCGGGCGGGCUGUACCGCGACAGCGCCCACUACCGUGGCGGCGGCGGCGGCGGCGGCGGCAGUAACGGCGGGGGUGGCGUGGGCGAAGGCGCCGGAUAUUACGGAGGCAGAGACGCGGGCGGGACGCACGGCGGGGUGCCGCACUCGCGCUCGCAGCUGGUGCGGACGCCCGUCAGUUCGCCCGGGCAGCACGCGAACAGCCAGUGGGGCUCUCAGGCCUUGAUAGAGGAGGAACCGCAUCAUUUAAAUCAUCUACAGCAGCAGACGACGACAGCGAGGGGUUCCGGGACGCUACCGGCGCAGGGUUCGUCUCCUUCAUCGUCCCCACUCCACCACCACUACCACACGCAGCAGCAGCAGCAGCCACAGCAGCAGCCACAGACGGCCGAUUCGAUAGACCACCUCCGUUCGUGGUACGAGCGCAACGCUCACCGCGACCCGCGGAGGCUGUCGCACGCCAGCUCCGGCUCGGACAGGAGCUCGCAGUCUGACCGCAGCUCACGGCCCUACACGCCGUCGCCCGCCAACGUGCGCCUGGUGAAGGGGCAGCCCCAGCCGGGACAGUGCCACGCCUCGGUGUCCCCUACGAGCAGCACGAGCAGCAAAAGGCAUUUCGCGCUUCCCACGCCGCAGUCGUGCGAUCCCAUCGCGCACGCCGUUCUCUCGGGCCAGCCGCACGGCCCGACGCCGCCGCCGCCGCAGCAGCAGCCACAAGCGGCGCCGUACGGCCAAUCGCACGGCGGCCCGAUGCCGGCGGCUCAGCACACGGUGGUGCAGUGGCCGGCGGCAGCGAGCGAAGGCAGCGGGCAGCGGGAGCAGCAGCUGCUGCUGCACUGCGACACGGCCCACGCGCAUCGCUACCACACGCCGCCGCCGCCGCCACUACAGCAGCAGCACACGAGCAGGGCCUACCAAGAGGGCAUUUUCUAUCAAGCGGGUCCAUCCGGUCAACCGAGUUCUCUGCUGCCACAGCCUGAAAGUCACCAGCAGUGGAGGAAGGAAGACGAAACCAGGACUGAGACGCUGGUCUGAAACCAACUGCUACGUCCUCCCGACGGCUGUGUGUCUCCUUCUCGUUCAAGCGUGAAAACCGAGCUUGUUUCCUCCGACAAACUCAACAAUAAGGGGGUGGGGGGGGUGCGGGGGGGGGGGCGGGUGCGGGUGAGACUCGGGGGAAGAAUAAUCACUUUAAAUGAUGCGACCCCCCCCCCCCCCCGUACAUCCAUUUUCACUGGCAGAAAGUGACCUUUGACCUACGUCACGGGGAACAUCUUGAAGGGCUGUGGUAUUUGUACGACAAGAUGCGGGGGGAGGGGGUCUCCAGAUUAUAAUACCUGAUUGGCACUUUUUAAAUUGGUGUCCUUGUUUUGUGUUGGGGGUUUCUUUUUUUAGACACAUGAAACGGACAAAUCGUGAUUUAUUUAGCUUCCGUAUCUUGGCAAUACACGUGACUACAAUAGUGUAAUGUCUAAGGGUUAGAUAAUUUAAUUGUCACUAACCCAUUUGUUAAUAUUGUUGAAUACUUGAGAACUUGCAGCAUUUCCACACCGACAUAAAAAAAUCAAUGAGAAAUAUCGUUCAGCACAUGCGGCUGCUUUUACAAAACCAUCCUUUUUUUUGUUGGUGACCAGAAAAUGUGUUUUUGUAAACGCCUUUUAUAUCGCCUGUCAUAUCAUCAUCGUCAUCAUCCUGAAGAAAUGAAUCGUGCUUUGUGGUGUAACCACUUGGUAGGGUGUGAACAUUUCCAGCCUGCCCUCCCCCCCCCCAGAAAAAGCCUCCCAUUAAACUUGAAGGCUGCUUCGAAGCAAACGCUCGCGGUCCGCGAAACAAAUUCUGCGUUUUCUCAAUUUUGCAAAAAAGCAUUCCACUACGGACCAAAGCUGUGACGGCGACCCCCCCCACCCACCCCAGCACCGCCCAUUGCUAGCGGUCACGAGCAGAUGUGGACAAACGUGUUCAACCAUUUCAGUGGCCUCUAUGUGACUUGAGUGGCCUCUUCUCCAGCCUUGACUUCAACAAUGCAGCAACCGCUGCUGCACCAACAGUCCUGCCGAAGACCGAGAGGUGGCCCGUCGUGACGCUGGUCGCGCACCCCUUGAUAUAUCGAGAAAGUAAAACGAGUGCUGACAAGCGUGGCACAUGCCUCCGGAAAUCCUUGAAGACGAUAGUUAAAUUCAGGGCUUCAUCUCUCACUGAAUGCGUGCCGGGUCACUGAUAGACUGGUGUAGGCACUUGACUAUUUGCCACAGCUAAAAGCAAGAUGUAUAGUGGAUGUGGUGUUGUGCCAGGCGGGGACAUAUUCUAUGGAUCAUUGGCCGGGACAGACUUGGCUGAAAUUAAGCCCUGAUUAUAUGAAUAAAACGUAAAUUGUAAAAGUCUUCCCUAAGUGUAGUGGUUCUUGUGACAAUAUAUAGGGGGAUUUCCUUUUACUGAGGGAUAUUGAUAGUGCUGUAUUGUAAUGUUAGCUUGCCUAUUGUCAGCAUUGCAUUAACAGGUCCUAGUAUCUAUUGUUUUCUGUUAACACUGAAGGUUGGGUGAAGAUGUGCAUUGCAAAGUUGAACCGCGUUUUUCCUUUCUUCACUGAAGCAGUUUGAGUAAUAAAAGCUUGAAUGCGCCUGAAAAAGCGUGUGUACUGCCGUGCCGUAUGGUAAAAAAAACCACCACAAUGCUUCUGAAAGGGGCAUACUUAUUUUGUUAACUUAAAUUAUAAACUCAGGUGAUUAUGUUAAAAUUUAAAGUGUGACCAACCAUCUCCACCAAUGCCUUGCUCUUCUCAGUGUGCUCAGCAACUGUAACAAAGAUCACCAAAAUAAUAUAUACAACACAGUACCGGAGCGAACAGAUUGCUAGGACUACACCUGACAUGAUCACUUGUACAUACCUUGUCCAAACAACGGUGCUAUCCGAACGAGUGAACAUUUACAUUAGCCAAGGGAAUACAUUGGCUUCGAAAUUUUGGAUGAGGGAAUUACCCCCCCCCCCAUCCCCCCGCCAUCCUGCAGCUUAAAUUGUUGUUAGCCACAUACUUUCACAUCAACAUCUCCCAUCUCGACAGCUACAGCCGUGGGGCGUAGACCUCCACAAGAGACUGGAAGAUCGAAUCAGAUGUGAGCAGAUUCAUAAUUAUCAAUACACGUGGGACUCGUACCGAUGAGGAGUUUUCUUGGUUCAUUUUUUUUUUAAGCCUGCAGUAGAAAUCAUUCAAGCAAGACAGAAUUGUUAGGAUGGCAAACAAAUGUUUAAAAAAUAUAUUUUCCUGCUGAUAUACUUGUGCAAACACAACAAUGCGCUGUGGAUUUUGUCAUUCGCUGUGGUUUUUCAGUUUGAAAAUCCAUAAAAGAUGUCCUAUCCACCGGGUUUCCAAUUAGAAGGUGGGCAAAUCAACUCAUCUCAUUAAUAAUUGUUGCUCUUUAACAGCUACCACUGCCGUUCUGUGGUGUGAUUUUAGUCAUUUCCUGUUUUUUUUCUGUUCUAACAAUGUCUCCGUUAAAUUAAAUGUCAAUGAGAUAUAUGCUGGCAAUUGCACGUGCGUAAACGUGUCUGAUGAGGGCCAAAGUAAUGUUUGUACAGUGGGUUGAUUACUGGAGACAAUAAAAAAACACAUUUUAUAUGAAGAGUGAAAACAAUAAUAAUCUUUUAACCAUCACCCAGAACUAAUUGUACUCAACUGCUCCACCUUGUAUGACGGACUCGGGGCUGUUUGAUAGCUGAUUUGCAAAUGGAUUUUAAUUUAGCUUAACACUGAAGGCAUCUUGUUUAUUAGUUAUGAUAUUGAGGACAUACUCUCGGCGGCAUUGUCAAGGCCAUUUGAGACCCUGAAUAACCUUUCAAAAUGUAUUGCACGAUGACCCUUUAUUCUCAGACAAAAUACAAAUGCAAUGCUGACUUUAUUUCUUGUAGGCCAAAAUGAAUUGUCUUAUAAAGAAUAAAAAAGGCAUCGACAUUAAACUUUACGGUUUACAAGUUCAGACUAGGUCUUCACAGUGGUGCUGUAUAGGUCACCUAUAUGUUUUUUGGGUUGUACCAUGUUCGGCAUGGUGCCCGACGUUUCACUGCACGUGCUGGGGGCUUAUGCAGGAACUGAAACUUCCAGCAUGUGGAGCAAAACUUUGCUCCACGUCAUUGCCAAACAACAUGCUGUACACAAUUUGAAAAGAUGUUUGAGUUUAUAAAUUCAUAGUCAUUCAGUGGGAAAAUGUAAUCUGUACCCAGCUCCACCAGCGUUAGCAUCACAACUCAAAUAAUAUUCAAUAUAUUAACCCAGUUUCAUCAGUUGCGAAAAACUUCCAUCUGUAAAGUGCAGCGAUUGGGAGCACUCAAUAAUUUACUUCCACGUUUUAGGUCCGACACUUACAAAAUGCAGCUCACCAAAUGUAUCAACAAAAGUAUCUGGUUUAAUCAGAUGGAUUAAUGUCACAAUUAAUUUUUGUGUGGCCUAUUUGUAGGGAGGGGGACAGACAUUUACAAUUUAAGCACAACCUGGGUUGAAAUAAAAAAAAUGUACACGCAUUAAAAACUCGAUCAAUUGCAGUAUAUUUUUCUUGCCAAGUUACAUAUGAAACACAUGGCGCUGGCCGCCGAGGUGGCAACAUUUUUUUAAUAACAUCCCUGGCACAAGUCGAUGAUGUCUUGCUGCAGCCUGGCUUCGUGUGGAAAUGAGUGAAUCAGUGUUAUAUUUUUUUGUUUUGUACAUGCAAACCGUUACUACUGAAUUAACUGUUUUUUAAUGUUAUCUUUUUCACGCGUCCGUUGUUUCCUUUUGUAUUUUUUUUUAUUAACGAUUAAAAAAAAUUAAACGAGCUGUUUGGAUUUGUUUAUAUUAAAGCAAUGCCAUCUUUAUACGUAGAUAUUUUACACUUUUUUAAAUUAGUACUGUAUUUUUAUACAGCACACGUUUUUUUUUCAAGUUGAGAAAUGGCAAUUUAAAACGGUAACAGUAGGUUUUUUUUUUAAACAUAGGUGUUGCAUAAAACUAGCACUGAUAUGUGUAAAAUAAAAUUAAAGUAGUUUCUUUUCUACGUAAAACAACUAAUAACUGUGAGACAGUUGGAUAUUUUGCCUUCGAUUUUGACGCUGGCCUUUUUAACUGUAACAGGUAGGUUGUGAUUGAUGUAAAUUAUCGUUUUAUAGUGAAAUUGUUGGGUUUAUUUUCUCUGUGGCUCAAUACUGAAGCCUCAAGCUAUGUGCAGUGCAGUAAUGUCUGUGGUUAAUGUGUAUUUUUUGUGCAUGCAGUGACAUUAGUUUAAAAAAGCAAAUAUAAAAAAAUAAACAUAAUAAAUGUA